GGAAGGCGAAUGGUCGUUUGGUCAGCUGGUUGAUGUCGCGAUCGCGGGGAAAUCGAUAUGGAUUGCAAUUGGUGGGGUGUGGGCCGCGGUACUACUGGUCAAUGGAUUUGGAAGUUGGGAAAUUUGAUUUGAUUUGAUUUGGUAUCGAUACACCUCGUCCUGUCAUCCUCGACAUCGUCAAUCGACACUCCCUUCGAUCUUCGUUCGCCCCGAAACCACCUCACCUCCAUUGCCCUCAUCUCUGUACGGGCCCUCACUCACGAUCGACGUUAACGAACGUCCGCGUCGACGAGACCGUGUCGGCCUCGGCAGCAAUGAAAGUCGCACUCAGAGCCAACGUCUGCUCGAGAUGUCGCACCAACAUCAGAACCCACACAACAAUUCCAAGCCCCGACCUCGCAUCAGAAGACCCAACUACACCCACACCCAAGAAACCCCGAAGAGUCGUCCCACCCCUAACCCAAAAAUCAACCCUCCUCGACCCCUCAAACCCCCUAAAAGUCGGCGUGAAACCCCACAAACACCCCCAAAAACCCUGGUCAGACCUCACCCCCCUCGAAAAAUCUACCCUCGCGAACCCGUUCGCAAAAAUCCUCUCUAGCCCCGUCCGGCGUGAUCCAUUCACCCGCAAACGCCUUCCAAAGGACUUCCUGAUCCGAUUCGUACCACGACGACAUCCAGCCACGAACGUCCCGUGGAUUGUACCCGAUGUUCACCGCACGAUGGGUGAUCACCGGGGUGUAUGGACCGCAAACAGGAAAUCGUUGAUGGAGUUUUAUCAACCGAAGAAAUGGCUGAGAUUGGCGCGUGAUGUGCCGGAUCCGAAUAAGGUUGUUUGGAGACAGGAUAUGACUGAGUUUGUUUUGAAGCGGUAUCGGAUGAGUGUCGUUACAUCAUUACGGGAGGUGCACUCACUGGGCUUCCUUCGAGCCGACGUGAACGAAGGGGGAACCGUGUCCUACAAUCUUCGAUGGGAGAACCCUGCUGACGAAACGAUAGCUGUAUGGGACGACCCCGGGAAUGGUAUACCCAUCUACCACAUGUCCCGGAUCCUGGGCGAUGAGGACGCAAGAAAAUUACGAGAGGAAUUGGGGGAUGUAGCGAAAGGGGACGUGACUGCCGCCGUGUUGCCCCAGACUUCGGAGUUUGGCGGGCCGACGAUUGGGAUACCUGUGCCGGUGACGGUGACUGCGGGUGUUUGGCUGUGGAAGACAGCGAGCUAUUUGAGUUCGUAGACACAAACAUCGGCGACAAGGCGAAUUGGUUCCGACUCGCGAGACGAGAGCAGCGGUAGACAAUCAGGAGAACGAUAGACGCAUAUAUCAACCUAGCAGAAUUACGACAGAGACCCCAGGCAU